AUGACUUUGCUCGUGUACAGUUUCACGCAGAAAGAAGUCUGUGAAUGUCGACACGACCCUGCAUUGUUUCCUCCAACCACAUCUCAUCCACCUCAGCAUCUGGCAGCUGCUGUUCUUCUGUCGACUAACGACCUAAGCGAGUCGCAGACGCUCUGUAACUCGGGCAACGUGGCAUCUGGGUCGGCCAACUAA